AUGCGAAACGAGAAAAACGAAGAGGUUUUUCCGGGUGUAUUGAACAAAGUGAAAGCAACUUUCUGGCCGCCAGCCUAUUUCCCCGGAAUGAGAACAAAGCAGUUCUUCUUUUGGCGAUCUAUGGAGGAUCACACUGAGGGAAUACCUGAGAUUGAGCCAUCUCCUGCUGUUCGCUUUAAUCCUCCCUUAUCAAAUGCCCUUCGCUACUACCUCCUCGUACAAUGGGCGCUUCUUAUGUCAUGUUUUAUACAAUUCGAUAAAAUCCGUAUGUUCCUCAACUGGCCUGAGUUCAUUUGUAGAUUUGGCUUCAUAGUUUUCUUCACCCAAAUGUUUGGAUAUUACUUUGAUCACAGUCGUUUUGCUCUGAUAUUCGACCCAGCACGGCUGAUACUGUCUACGUUGCUUGGAUUUUCUCUGAGCGACCCCACACUGGUCUUGUACAGUUUAGUAUCGUUGUCGAUUGUCAUAUGGCUUGUGUCAGCAGGGAAAAUAUGUGUAACCUGCGGCUUUACGAAGAGGGGCUGCUAUAGUUGA